UUGGCGGCCGAGUUUACGCUCCCAAAAUAGGUGGAUUAGACGUGUGAGUAGUGCCGGCCACCGGAUGGCGAGGGAUCUCAUCGGACCCGCGCUACCGCCGGGCUUCAAAAUUCGCGGGACAGCGGAAGACGAGGAGCGGGACCCAAGCCCAGUUGCAGGACCAGCUCUGCCCCCUAAUUAUAAACGCAGUAGUUCAGAGUCAUCAGACAGUGAUGAAGACAGCAGUUCUCUGUAUGAAGAAGGAAAUCAAGAAUCCGAAGAAGAUGACACUGGUCCAACUGCAAGAAAACAGAGAAAAAAUGAGGAUGAUGGUAAUGAUGACGAUGAAGGGUUUUUUGGGCCAGCCCUUCCUCCUGGAUUUAAAAAGCAGGAUGAUUCUCCUCCAAGACCUAUAAUAGGACCUGCAUUACCACCUGGUUUUAUUAAAUCUACACCAAAAAGUGACAAAGGCAGAGAUGAUCCAAGACAACAAUAUGUCAACUCUGAGGAAACGGAGAGCAGUGAAGAUGAGGACAUUGUUGGACCAAUGCCUGCAAAAGGACCAGUUAACUACAGUGUGACAACAGAGUUUGAAAAAAGAGCCCAGAGAAUGAAAGAAAAAUUGACCAAAGGAAAUGAUGAUUCAUCUAAAACAAUUACAAGAGAAUCGUGGAUGACUGAGCUUCCUCCAGAAAUGAAAGACUUUGGCCUUGGGCCUAGAGCUUUUAAGAGAAGAGCUGAUGACAAAUCUGGAGAUCGAUCAGUCUGGACUGAUACUCCAGCUGACAGGGAAAGGAAAGCUAAGGAGACACAAGAAGCAAGGAAAUCAUUUAAUAAGAAGGAUGAAGAAUAUAUAUUAUCAGGAAGGGAAAAGAGAUUGGCCGAGCAAGUAUCCUCAUACAAUGAAUCAAAAAGAUCAGAAUCUCUUAUGGACAUUCAUCAUAAAAAAUUGAAGAAUAAGAAUGCUGAAGAUAAAACUAAGCCCCAAGAAAGAAUACCAUUUGACCGUGAUAAGGAUCUCAAAGUUAAUCGGUUUGAUGAAGCACAGGUACUCAUGGCCUGGCAAGGCACACAGACUGAAGCCAUCAAAUGCAAAGGGCUGGGAUUCAUUUUACAUAGAGAGCGAGUAGAGGACACUGGUCCUUAUGAACUCCAUCAGGAAAUCGGAACCGGCUGGAAACUCCCAGAAUGGCUCUAA